CGUGUUAAUGUAGCAAGUAAGUAAUAAAAAAAAAUUAAGAAUAAAACUCCCAUAUAUCUCUGACACACAGUAAUUCUUCCAAACCCUUUCUUUGGCGGCUUUCAAUUUUUCGAACCCCCAAAACCCUAGUUUCAGUUCGAUUUAUUCUCUAAUAAUUACACUCGCGCAUAGUUUCACGCGUCUUAUCAUUCAUGAUCCUAUUUAUUUAUUUGGUUUGAAAGAAAUUAAGUAAGACAAAGUGGGUUGUGACUGGGUGGGGAAAGAGAGAAAGUAAUAAUGGAGGAAUCGUUAGGGCAGAAAUGGAAGCAGCCAGAGUUCGCUUUGGCAUCAGUUUCCGACCUCUCUUUGGCUCCUUCUUCUUCGGCUUCGCCGGGAAUUGCUCGCUUCAACUCUGACGGUCUCCAAAUUCAUCACCAAUCUCACCAGAUUCCAUUCAAUGUUGAUCCUCGAACUGUUCAGUUAUUCAAGGUGAGUCCUGUUCUAUCGGUUUGCUUGGUGGAAGGAUCCGAUGUUGGUAAAAAGACAUUGUAUUCCAGGGGAGUCACAAUCCAGUUUAGAAAUGAUGAGGAGAGUGCAGCCUUCCAUUGUGUAGUUCAACAGUGGAAGAAGGAAGUAAAUGCUCAAGAAGGAAAUGGACGAAAUGGAACUAUUACAACUUCUAAAAGCAAAUUUGAUGAUAAGAUAGAGUCAUCAUCUUCUAAAAUGUAUUUUCAUUAUUAUGGACAACUUCUGCAUCAGCAAAAUAUGUUGCAGGACUAUGUGCGGACAGGGACCUAUCAUGCUGCUGUUCUUGAGAACCGUACUGAUUUCAUUGGUCGUGUUGUAGUUGAUGUGGGUGCUGGUAGUGGUAUUUUGUCAUUAUUUGCUGCUCAGGCUGGUGCAAAACAUGUUUAUGCUGUGGAAGCAUCUGAAAUGGCAGAAUAUGCACGGAAACUUAUAGCUGGAAACCCAACACUGGCUCAACGAAUUACAGUGAUCAAAGGCAAAGUUGAGGAUGUUGAAUUACCAGAGAAAGCAGAUAUUCUGAUAUCUGAGCCCAUGGGCACCUUGUUAGUCAAUGAAAGAAUGCUGGAGUCUUAUGUCAUUGCCAGAGAUAGAUUUCUGGUUCCUGCUGGAAAAAUGUUUCCAGCUGUGGGAAGGAUUCACAUGGCACCUUUCACUGAUGAAUAUUUGUUUAUUGAAAUUGCUAAUAAGGCCCUGUUCUGGCAGCAGCAAAACUAUUAUGGUGUUGAUUUAACACCCCUACAUGGGACUGCAUUUCAAGGAUACUUUUCUCAGCCUGUGGUGGAUGCUUUUGAUCCAAGAUUGUUAAUAGCUCCUUCAAUGUUCCAUGUGAUAGACUUCACCAAAAUAAAGGAGGAGGAACUGUAUGAAAUUGAUAUUCCUCUGAGAUUCAUAGCCUCUGUGGGCACCAGAGUGCAUGGGUUGGCAUGUUGGUUUGAUGUGCUAUUCGAUGGAAGUACUGUGCAAAGGUGGCUUACCACUGCUCCUGGGUCACCAACAACUCAUUGGUACCAGUUACGCUGUGUUCUCUCUCAACCAAUUUAUGUCAUGGCAGGACAAGAAAUUACUGGCAGGCUUCACUUGAUUGCCCACAAUGCACAGAGUUAUACAAUAUACUUGACAUUGUCAGCUAAAAUGUGGGGUCCUGGUGCUGAACAAGGAGGAAUUCUUCAAACAUCAUCCUGUAAACUUGAUCUAAAAGAACCUUACUAUAGAAUGUCUCAACCGCAAGCUUAUGCAUUAGCUCAAGAUCAGCAAUCUCAACCACUUAUACAAACACAGGAUAUACAUAUUCAAUCUCAGGAUUUGGAUGAACCAGAAAUAGUGCAACAGCCUUCGCUUAAUUCAUGUGCUCAGAUUGAUUCACUGAUGCGGAAUGUUUAACUUGAUAAAUCCUAACCCAAAUUUCUGUUUGUAACAUGAAUUUACCAUGUUGCAGCAAGUUGGGGGCCGUUUGUCUGUAUUUGGACAUCCCCCUUGCCUGUAAAUUAUCAACAUUGUUUUCAAUUUAUUGCGGGUGAUUGUGACCCAUUCACUCGAUUGCAUAUUUUAACAAACAAUAUAUCGGAUUCUUAUGCCUGGCAAAUUUAGGAAUUUACUUAGCUUGUUGAGCUCAAAUUUGCCCUUGUAAGGCUAUCAACGUUUGCAGAGAAUGAGGACUCGUCCUAAACAUACUCUCUGCUUGUACUAGUGAUUGGGCUAAUUAAAGCCAUGCUUUUCAAUGCAUGAUUAUUUAUUAAUUUA